GGAGGCGAAAGUUGCUCCGGACUGUGUGACCGUCGGGAGGACCGUAAGCCAUCCGGGCUCCUUCCAUCCCUUUCCUCUUCGUCCCUUUUUCUCCUCCUGCCCGGAGGAGAAGCACAAAGAACCCCAAGUCUAUAGAAAAGGCAGCUUUCCGCUCUCCAAACUCCCCUAGACGGCCGCUUCUUCAAGCUGGUUACAUUUCAACUGCUCUAAUCAUCACUUGAAAAAAAGGAUGGAAAAAGCCACAGAAUUUUCAUCAGAUGGCAACUCUUUGAUUAAAGCUGUUUAUCACAGAAGACUUCGCCUUACAAGAUUAUUGUUAGAAGGUGGGGCCUACAUUAAUGAAAGCAAUGACCAUGGUGAAACACCUUUAAUGGUUGCUUGUAAAACAAAACAUGUAGACCAUCAAAGUGCUAGCAAGUUCAAAAUGGUGAAAUAUCUUUUGGAAAAUAAUGCAGACCCAAACAUACAAGAUAAAACUGGAAAGACAGCUUUGAUGCACGCCUGCUUGCAAAAAGCUGGUCCUGAAGUGGUUUCUUUGCUCAUUAGAAGUGGAGCUGAUUUAAAUUUACAAGACCAUUCAGGAAACACAGUUCUUCUAUAUUCAGUGAAUUCGGAGGAUAAGGAAACUCUAAAAAUUAUUCUAGAUGCUUGUAAAGCAAAGGGAAAAGAAGUUAUAAUCAUCACCAAAGACAGAUCUCCAUCUGGAAAGCAUAGAACUAGGCAGUUCUUAAAUGUGUCUCCUCCUGAUGUUGAUGAAUGCCAGUUUUCAGGUUCUUGUACUUCUCCGUCAGAAGUAGAAGUUAAAACAACUGUGCCCCCUCCUACAGAUUCAAAUGACACAAACGAGUCUCUCUUUAAUUUCAAAGAACUGAGUUAUCCUGGAAGAAAGGAAGGUGCAUCUGAACAGCAUUCUCCUUCUAGAAAAAUACACACAGGUCCUCAAAUGCCAAACACCAAAAUUUACUCUGAACCUUGGAUGAAAACUUCCUCUUCACUCUUGAAUCAGAACCAAAUACCUUGUUUACAAGAAGAGCUUCAUGAUAUAACUCCAGAAGAAGAGUUAUGUUUCAAAAUCAAUAAUCUAGCCCUGUCUAAGAGAUAUAUCACUAGGCAUCAUAGCAUUGAUAUUAAGGAUACCCUUAAUUUCUUGAAAAGCUUUGAACAAACUGCCUCAAGAAAGAUGUCAUGUGAUGAAAUAAACUCUAAUUCACUUUUUGGUGAGACUGGUCAGAGUGAAAUUCCUUCAGAUCAAAAUCUGGAUUUGACCCAUAUGAACUUCAUUUCCACCCUGAAAAGCAUUGUUCAGAGGAGAAACCUGGGUGCAAACCACUAUAGUUCUGAUUCACAGUUAACUAGCUUAGGGCCUGUUACAGAAGACAGCAAAUUACUUCUAGGGAAGAAAAAGCUUCUUUCACCAUCUCCAUCACUAUCUUCAAGUUCUAAAGAAUUGAUUGAAAAUAUGCCUCCGAGUUUCUUAAGCAGGAGAAAUCAUGCUAUUCUAGAGAGACGGGGUUCAGAUCACACUGCCCUGGCUAGACCUAACUUUCUCCCCCCAUUAAAUGUGAACUUUCAUUCCCCAAUCUCUGAUCUCUAUAAGAUAAAUAACAUAUCUUCCUAUGGACAAAAACCCCUAAUUCCAGCAGCACCAGCUUACCCCAAAGACUUCAGGAGCACAACUCUGUUGACAAGAAGACAGUCAUUACAAACAGAGCAGAUCAAGCAGUUGGUGAACUUUUAGCAAAUGAUAAACAAUGAUUACAAAUGUGUGCCUGCUUCACUCAAUUUUUUUUUCCUGUAUGAAAAUUAGCUGCUUAAGCAUCUUUGUUAACAAUUACAUCAGCCAUUAUUUUUUCUAACUUGAUGUUGAAAUGAAGCUUCAAAAAAGAACCAAGUCUUGUUUGAUUGGAGAAAUAUAUGUCCAUAUAUAAAUGGAUCACACAUGUAAACCUUAAUAUUUAUUUAGCUGUAGCUUAGCAUGUUGUGUGAACCCAACCCAUGGUAACUUAUGAACAGUAUCUGUGACUUGGCAGCUUAUUUGAAUUCAGCUGCAGUGAGCUACGAAAUACUGCUGCCCUCAUCAUACAUUCCAUUAUAAACAUGGAAGAUUGGAUAUUCUUGCUUAGUAUUUUAAGCUACAAGUUGUUCAUAGAACACUUUUAACAUUAACAAAUGUUAAGC